AUGUCUAUGACGAGAGUUUCCACUCAAAAAGUGAUCAAGCCUCGCGCGCCAUCAGGUUUGGUGGAGGUCCAGUACCCAUCAACAUGGUUCCGAAACAACGAGGGACAAAAGCCUCCCUUAUCCAUAACUCUUGUGACCAAUUCUCUUGAAGAGGCAAGAAAAAUGGUUAGCAAAGCCAUUCUGGACAAUAAUGUUCCUAUCGAUCUCGCUAAGACCUUUCUCUACCACUUUGCCAAAACCAUAACCAUGAAACUAGACGACGAUUGGAAGUCAUACAAGCUGACAAUCGGGGAGAAGGACAGAGACAUAACUCCCCUAGAUAUAAUUGAACCCAAAGUGACCACUCUAAACAGAGAACACCCCGGUACAGAAUCCGCUCGAGAAGAAGAUGACCCGUGGAUGGCCGGAACCCUCCUCAGCUAUUAUCGACUCAUCAGAGCACCGGUUACAACGUAUAAGAGUCAAAUUGCACAAAGGGUAUCUAUUCAAAUGAAAGCUCUGAAAUCUACAGCCCCCGAUGUGAGCGUAUAA